AUGCGGGGCGGCUGCCCGAAGUGCGGCGCCACCACCGCGCCGUACGCCUUGCCUGCCACCCCCGACGACAAUGGCGCCGAGGCGGCACAGACGCCCGAGCAGUUACGCCGUAGUGACGGGGGCAGGCAGCACGUGGAGGAGUUCACGCCACGUCCUGGAUAUGGCGAUCACAAUACCAGCAACAACAACGGUGGACGUUUGCGUGUAUCGAGUGACUCGGUGUCACCCCACCGGAGUCUUGAUAGCCGCCUGGCGCUUGCCGAGUCGAAGUACUGCUUCUAUUGCGAUCAGCUUGAAAGAGUCAGCGCGGAGAGGGACCAGCUGCAGUUACAGGUGCGAACAAUGGAAGAGCAUCGUAUGCAGGGAACAAGCAAAAUAAAAGAGCUUAUCGAAGAAAAUAAACAGCUUCGAGCCACCCUUGAGGAUACGGAAGUGCGUUUGGGCAUUGCAGAAAUAGAGCAACAGUCACUGCUGGCGGAGGUGCACCGCCUUCGGGAGCAUCUCGAUGUGUCGCUGCGUGAGUUAGAGGGUGAUAGACAGAACCCAAGGUGUGUGAACCUGUCGACAAGCGAUGUUGGGUCGCCGGGCUCUGCUGCCGGUGGUUUCUUUGGUGAUGACGGAACGCCACUGCGGUUUAGCAACACGGGAAAGCCGCCCCGCGCUUCAGUGCUGCCGGGCGCGUUUGGCGCUUUUCUGCGAAGUGCUGCACUGACAGCGGAGGCCGCGGGGCCACCACCGACGUGCGACGGGAGAGCGUGGGGGAGCUCCGCCAACAGCAGCAGUGGCUGUGGUAGCGAGCAUGACUCAUCAGCGGCCAACAGACGGUUAGAGGCUCGUUGUCGUGUACUGGAGAAUCAAGUGCAACGUCUCCGCGAGAGGCUCGUGUCUAGGGGCUGCACAACUUUUGUUGAUGCCGAUGAGGAGAAAUCGUCCUCGUGA